GACGUCAUGGCGAGCAGCGGCGAGGAAGCGGUGUACUCGCGGCAGCUGUACGUGCUGGGCGGCGGCGCGCAGCAUCUGGCCGGGGCGGCGGUGCUGGUGUCGGGGCUGCGCGGGACGGGAGCGCAGGUGGCGGCGGCGCUGGUGCUGGCGGGGACCGGGCGCGUCGUCCUGCACGAUCGCGGCACCACCUGCACCGCCGACCUCACCCACCAGUUCCUCCUGGGGGAGAACGAUAUAGGCUGGAACCGUGCCGAGGCAUCCCGGCGGGCCCUGUCCGAGCUGAACUCCCGCGUGGUGGUGACAGCUUGCACCGGGGACCUGUCGGAGACCUUCCUCGCCUCCUUCCAGGUGGUGGUGCUGACCGAGUCCUCGCUAGAGGAGCAGCUCUACAUCGGGGACUUCUGCCAUGCCCACGGUAUCUGCUUUAUCGUCGCCGACACCAAGGGGCUGGCGGGGCAGCUGUUCUGCGACUUCGGGGAGUGCUUUGUCAUUGAAGACCCAGCAGAAGGGGACCCGGUGUGUGCCGUUGUGCAGCACAUCUCGCAGGGCAACCCGGGUGUGGUGACGUGCAUGGGGGCAGAGGACAGCCGUGGCCACCUCUUCUGCGACGGUGACUUCGUGACAUUUUCCGGCGUGGAGGGGAUGACGGAGCUGAAUGGCCGGGAGCCCAUCCCCGUGCGCGUGCUGGAUGAAUUCAGGCUGGAGAUCAGCGACACUAGCUCCUUCUCGCCCUACCGCUGUGGGGGCCUGGUCUCAGAGGUUCGUCUGCCCGAGGUGCACUCCUACGAGCCCCUGUGCCGGGCACUGCUGAAGCCCAAGAUCCAGGUGGUGAGUCCCGAGGAGCUUCCCCGCAGCCGCAGCCUGCAUGCUGCCUUCCAGGCCCUGCAUGCUUUCCACAGGGAGCAGGGCCGCCUGCCCCGGCCCAGGGCACCGGCGGACGCGGAGCGGGUGCUGGAGCUGGCACGGAGCCUGGGGGGGCAGCAGGGUCCCCUGGACGAGGACGUGGUACGAGCCUUCGCCAGCGUGAGCGCGGGGGACCUGUGCCCCAUGGCCGCUGUCAUCGGGGCCCUGGCGGCCCAGGAGGUGCUGAAGGCCAUCACCAAGAAGUUCCCGCCCCUGGACCAGUGGUUGUAUUUCGACGCCCUGGAGUGCCUGGCGCUGGAGGGGGCCGCGCAGCUGACGGAGGAGGACUGCGCCCCGAGGGGCUCUCGCUAUGACGGCCAGAUCGCUGUCUUUGGGGACGCCUUCCAGGAGCGGCUGGGCCGCCAGAAGUACUUGGUGGUGGGAGCUGGCGCUAUCGGCUGCGAGCUGCUGAAAAACUUUGCCAUGAUGGGGCUGGCGGCGGGGCCGGAUGGCGACCUCAUCGUCACCGACAUGGACACCAUCGCCCUCUCCAACCUCCAUCGGCAGCUGCUCUACCGCUGGACGGAUAUAUCGAAGCCAAAGUCAGUGGUGGCUGCGGCGGCUGUGCGGCGCAUGAACCCCAGCAUCAGGGUGACGGCUCACCAGAACCAGGUGGGACCUGCCACCGAGCAGCUCUACAGGGACAACUUCUUCCGGCGCCUGGACGGCGUUGCCAGCGCCCUGGACACACUGGAGGCCCGCACCUACUUGGAGAGCCGCUGCCACCACUGCCUCACGCCGCUGCUGGACUCGGGCACUGAGGGGCCGCGGGGAAACGUGCUAAUCAUGGUGCCCCCCCUGACCAAGCCCCUGGGGCCGGCUGGUGCCCCCAGGGAUGGCACCUUCCCGCUCUGCACCCUGCGGUACUUCCCCCACACCAUCCAGCACACGCUGCAGUGGGCCCGUGAUGAGUUUGAGGGGCUCUUCCAGCUGCCUGCAGAGCACGUCAAACGGUUCAUGGAAGACCUGGCUUUCCUGGAGCAGCUGCCAGCAGGAAGGGCCCUGGAGGUCCUGGAGCAAGUGCGGGACAGCCUGCAGGAGUGGCCACGGGAUUGGCAGGACUGCGUGCGCUGGGCCUACCGGCACUGGCAGAGCCGCUACCAUGAUGCCAUUGUCCAACUGCUGCACACCUUCCCCCCGGGGCAUGAAACCAGCCCGGGUGUCCCCUUCUGGUCAGGGGACAGGCGCUGUCCCCAUCCGCUGACGUUCGACCCCGACAAUGGCACCCAUCUGGACUACAUCAUGGCUGCUGCCUGCCUCUACGCCCAAGCACACAAGGUGCCACCAUGCAGUGACCGUGCGGGUGUCCUGACCAUCCUCCGCAACGUGGUCCUGCCGCCCUUCACGCCUCAGGAGGGGCUCCAGAUCCUCCUCACAGAGGAGCAGGAGGACGCGCAGGCACCCGUGGACCGUGGGCGGCUGGUGCAGCUUACCCAGGACCUGGCGCAGCGGAGACAGAAGCUGGUAGGGGGCGAGGAGGCGCAAGUGCCCCUGAUGGAGCCCAUCCACUUUGACAAGGACAACAACGCCCAUGUGAACUUUAUCGUGGCAGCGUCCAAUCUGCGUGCAGAGAACUACGGCAUCCCCCCUGCCAGCUGGCUGACGAGUAAGCGGAUCGCCGGGCAGAUCAUGCCCGCCAUCAUCACCACCACGGCGGCCGUGGCCGGGCUGGCAUGCCUGGAGGUCUACAAGCUGGUGUGGGGGGGCCGGGACCCCAGCUGCUACCGCCACAGCAACCUCUGCCUGUCCAACUGCCUGCUGAUCCGCGUCCAGCCCCUGUCGCCCUCCACCUACUGGUACGGCGGGCGGGAGUGGAGCUGCUGGGACCAGCUGGAGAUGCAGGCGGUCAGCGCCGACGGGCAGGAGAUGACGGUGCAGGAGGUGCUGGACUGGCUGCAGAGGACGUACGGCUGGACUGUGACCAUGCUCCUGUGCGGCCACACUGUGCUCUAUGACAAGGAGGAGGACGAAGAGACACGGACCCGGCAGCGGGCGCAGAGGUUAUUGGAGAACCUGAAGGAUGCUGGGGAGCCAUGGCAGCGGGAGCUGAAGCUGUGCUACGUGUGCGAGGGAGAGGAUGCUGAGGCCGAAGAUGCCCGUCCCCCCCUUCUCUGCUUCCUACCCUGAGUGCGGGGCCAGCACCCCCCCGCCUUGUGCAAUAAAAGAUGCAGGCUGAGCUCCAAUGCAUUGGCCCUCGUUCA